AUGCCGUUGACAACUGUACCUCCGGACACUCCCAAGCAGGAUACUGCUUCCUUCACACCAAAGACUGAGAUCUUCGCUUCCUCAGAACAAGGUCUGGAAUCUCCACCAGUUCUCCCGGCGGGCACUCUGGAAGUAGAUCGAAAGGCGGAAACACCCGUUGCAGAACCAAGGUUGGAGAUCGUGGCGCUACAAGACGAUGUAGAGGGUCCAAUCAUGACCGCGAGAUCUGUUUUGAUUGGCGUACUUCUAUCUGCUUUUGGUGUUUCGGUUACUCAGAUAGCAUCAGUAGUCAUAGGUCGAGGCUGUGCAUUAAUCCCUGGCCCAGGAUGGUGGAAUCCAGGACCUUUCGGUUUGGUAAAAAGAUUUUUCACAAUCGCAGAGCUCCUGCUUAAAGAAGCAGGGUUCUCCGCUUUGAUGGGAACAACGGCAAGUGGUGCCACGUUGGCAGCCGAGAUGAUAGUCGCGUACGAAUUGUACUUCGGUCAGGUUAUCAACUUCGGCGUUGCCUUUGGGAUUUUGAUGAGCUCGCAGCUCCUUGGGUUCGGGUGGGCGGGAUUACUGCAGCCGAUCUUGGUUUACCCCUCUCGCGCAGUUUAUCCGGAAGCGCUUCCCAGCGUUUCUCUUCUGACUUCCCUGUUCAAAGUGGGAUCUGAAUCCGAGGACCAGGUGAAAUUCUUUAAGAAGGCUUUCCUAGCUGUUUCUAUUUACAAGAUACUCCCAACAUACGUCAUGCCGGCUUUUCAAGCUAUCAGUAUCCAUCAACUUAUUGCUUUGGUGGCUUCAACUCUGGCUUACUUUUUGGCAUAUUCAAGAUCCUGGUUUGGUGCUGGUGUCAACCAAAAUUUUCCUUUCAUGUCUGCAAGUCUUCUCACUGCAGAUGGGAAGCCAUAUCCGUACCGACAAGCUAUCAACGCGGAUGGUACAGCCAACGAGGAGUUUAUACAAAGAACGGGACUUCCAUUUUACACUGCCACCUUCUACCUGGUUCAGAUUCUCCUUUCAGCUUGUUUAACCAGCUCUAUCUCCCAUGCCUUGCUGCACAAUUACCACCUUAUUGGUUCAAUUUUUAAGAAAUUAAAGACUUCCCAAGAGAUUGACCCACACCGAUUGGUUUGUCUGAAAUACAAGGAUUUUCCGCGAUGGGGCUUUGCUGCAAUUGUCCUUGUUGCCGUUGCCUUGACCUUUGGGAUGUCAUCACUCAGUAACUCGGGAAUUUCCUUUGCUGGUUUACUUGUCGCUUUAGUAGGAUCCUUCUUGAUGACACUGGGGACAGGAUUCAUAUUUGCAACCACCGGCUUUAUAGUACGGUUGUCGGCCGGUAUUCAAAUGUUUGGUGGGCUCCUGUUCCCGGGAAAUGUGUUUGGGAGCAUGUGGUUUACCAUCUACGGGGCUUCAAGCGCUAUACAAGGCUUGAUCAUGCUAAUAAAUCUCAAAUAUGGGCAAUAUAUACACUUGCCACAGAACCUUGUGGUUCGCUCCCAACUCAUAGGCUGCACAAUUGGAAGUUUUGCCACUUUGGCCGUCGUCAAAUCUAUCCUUAAGUAUGAACGUGAGGUGCUACUUUCGCCGAACGGGAACGGCGUCUUUUCAGGUGCUGAAGUCGCUGCUUUCCAGGCUCGCUCCGUUAGCUGGGGGGUUUUCUCCAGGCGCAUGUUCCUCUUUGGUCAAAAGUAUUCGGCGGUCAGUUGGGCAAGUUUAGUUGGGCUCUUACUUCCCAUCCCAUUCUUCAUUGCCCAUAAAUUUUGGCCGCGAUACAAACUCGACCUCGUAAAUGUACCUUUGCUCCUUGGAAUUCCUCCAGCCUUAUACACUUUGGCCUAUGCAGGAGAGCCCAUGCGUAUCGCCAUAGGCAUAACGUCACAGUUCUGGACUUGCAAGUACCGAAACCAAUGGUUUGUAAAGUACAACUACAUUUUGUCUGCCGCUCUCGAUGGUGGGACAGAGUUGGUAGUUUUUUUAUUGGCAAUGGUUUUUCAAGGUGGUGGUGGUAAAAGAAUCAAUUUUCCUACGUAUUUCCUCAAUCCUACCCCCUCGACUCCGAGAGAUUACUGCUUCAUGAAUCCUGAAACUCGUGGGAACGGCUUAUAUGUUUACGCUUCUGUUCCAGUCAACUAUGCCAGUUGUAAAUUACCAAAUAAACUCUCGUAA